AUGGUGUUAUUGAGGCAUCAAAUAGUCAUGGCAGUUGUGAUGAUGAGAGCCGCGCCUGUGGUCUGUGAGGAAGUGGGUGAAUCCGUGGAGCAGAUGGGCGGGAUGUUGAAUCAGAUGGGCUUGGCGGAGGGUCAGGAUGGGGAGCAGGUGGGCGUGAUGGUGAGUCAGGUGGUGGAGCACCAUCUCCCCAGCUGUCACCUGGUGCUCAUCACCACUACACGUCACUCAACUGUUACCUCCACUAUACUCAGACGCCUGAGUGUGGACGGGGAGACGGGCAUGGUGGUGGCGGAGACGGGAUCCGUGUUCUCCCAGGACCAGCAGUCACAGAGCAACCUCAUCCAUGGGCUGUGGGGAAUCCCCACAACCACCUGUCGGGGACUCAUCCUCGACCUAUCCGUCGGCAAUAGUUCCGCCUCUGUUCUCAAGCUGGCGGAGGCAGCAGGACUGUGGCAGCUGCGGGAGACGGUGGUUGUUGCUGUGGGUGGGACGGCUGGGGUGAGGGCUGUGCUCCUACACCAGACUCUACGAAACACUCUCCACGCCCUUUACCUGGCUCUCCACGUCCCCGCCCUCCAUGCCACGCCACCACACACUGACGCUCGCCUUGGCAGGUCUCCAGGAGUCCCUGCUCCGCGCCAGAGGGUGAGGACGUCAGGCCAGAGCAGCCAGUCGUCGUUGGCCGUUGCUGCAUGGUGGUUGGUUGUUGGAGGUGUGGAGCGCCCGCUCGCUGGGGCUCCGGCUGGUGGUAUGGAAGUAGCCAGUGGUAGCCGUGUUCGACGGGUGGAUACUGAACGGCUGGAAUUUUUUGGAGCAGUGGACUGGCCCAUUGUGGAGAUUACUCUCCUGGACGUGCUCUGUGUCAACGUCUCUGAUCUUCUGGGGCUCGAUAAAAUAUCGCCUACCCGUGUGGCGGUGUCAUUUGCCACAUCACUUCUUUACCGGAAGUUUGUGGCACGCUCGCUUCCUCUUCCUGCUUCGGCUGUGACUGUGGAGAUUUCAAAUCCCUGGGGGCCCUUGACUUUUGUGAGUGUUCACGGGGUGCCGGUGACCUUUCCCGAGGCGGAGCUAAUGUCGGUGUUUACGUGGUUUGCGGCCGGCUGCGACGUUCCUCGUGCUGAGGCCCCUUCAGUUUUCCUGGAAGAUGACUUUCCCCGCUUGUCUGUGCGUGGGGAUUCCCUGGCGGAUCCUCGCUCUGUGCAGGUUCCUGGUGGGAUUCCUGCGGCGGUUCUAGCUGUCGCUCCGUCUGGCCCUGAUCUGUCUGCCCCACUGGUAAUCUCUGUGGACCUAGGAGCACCUGCUUCGGACCUUCGCCGCUCAGUGGAUGAGGAGGUGCAUCCGCAUCCGGUUGCUUCCGUGGUGGCAUUGUACCUUCGCUAUCGCUGGAUACCUCGCGUGUGCUGGAGUCUACCCUUCCGCUUGCUGUGUCUGCUGUGCGCCUGCUUUUUGCCCCACGUCGUUGAAGCUGCUGUUUUGCGUGAUCGUGCUGCCCCGGCUUUGGGGCCGCCUGCCGAUGGUUCUUCUGGGGCACCGCUUGCAGGGGAUGACAGUUCCGACGAUCAACGGCCUAUUUCUAAGCGCCGUCGUUCGGCUCGGGAUGCGUCACCUCGCUGGACGUGGGCAGAGGGGCGUGAUGCGUUGGAUGAUGAUGCUGUGGGGCCCGUGGAGUCGCUGAUGGGCCACAAGCUCCGGGUGGUGACAGUACCUCAUUUCCCGUUCAUGGACUUCGUCCGGAGCCGGGAGGGGGCUGGGGGCAGAGUGACCCCCAGGGACGCCCUCGACACCAGGCUCUUGCACACGUUUGCCGACGCUCUUAAUUUCACCUUCGAGAUACGAGAGGAGCCGGAGCUCUCGUGGGGUCUGCUGAAGGAUGACGGGGUCUUCACCGGCAUGAUGGGUCAGCUGCAGAGGGAGGAGACCGACUUCUGCACCAUAGCAGGACCCUCGCCGGAGCGCCUGAAAGUCAUCGAGUACCUCAGAGGAUAUCCCUCUGACCCGAUGACUGUCACAUCUCUCAAACCUACACUACUGCCGGAAAACUUGUCGCUGAUAAGGCCAUUUUCAGGAGAGCUGUGGGUGGCGCUGCUGGUGAGCGUGGUGGCGUCGGGCGCGACUCUCUGGCUGCUGCAGAAGGCGUGGCAGUGGGUGUCAGGAGAGCGGACCGUCAGACUGAGCUCAGCACUGCUAUAUAGCUGGGGAACCCUGAUGACGCAGACCCCCCGUGUUCCCUUCGUCACCAACUCGGGAAGAAUGCUGGUGGGGUGGUGGCUUGUGUUCUGUCUGGUCAUCACAACUGGUUACCGCUCAUCACUGGUCGCUCACAUGACCAUCCAAGGCAAGACCCACCCCAUCGAGACCUUCGUGGACCUGGCGAAGCAACAUAACUGGAAGUGGGGCAUUGAGCCCUGGCUUCUUAAAGGGGUACCAUUUGACUACUUCUCCAAGCAUCCUGUCCCUGUUAUACAGCAUAUUUACAAGAAUAUGGAGAUGGUGACAAGGGAGGAGGCACUGAAGAAGGUACUGGCGGGCCACUACACACUCAUUGUAUGGGAGAACAACCUGUACAUAACCAUCGCCUCCUACUACACUGACGCCUACGGCCACACACCAUACUUCAUCAGCAGGAAGGGUGUCUCCAUUAUGGCUGCCUUCGGAUGGGGCUUCAGGAAGGGAGCGCCGUUCUACCCGCGUUUUCACCAGCUCAUGUCUCGGCUGGAGGACUCUGGCAUCAUAAGCUACUGGAGAGAGGAGGUAAUAUCCAGGCGUGUGAGGGAAAACAGGGCGGCUGCAGCACUGGACCCUCAGGGCACCCAAGGGCACUCAGGCAAGGAGGAGAGUGAAGAGGUGGUGUUGGGGCUGCAACAUCUUCAAGGUGUCUUUUACCUUUUGUUUCUGGGAUGUGGCAUCGCUCUCUUCACCUUGCUGGGGGAGAACCUCGCCUUCUGCCGCUCCUCGAAUCAGUAAGGCCACUAUUCUCAUCAGUAAUGCCACUCCUCGCAUCAGUACUGCCGCUCAUCGCAUCAGUACUGUCGCUCCUCGCAUCAGUAAUGCCGCUCCUCGCCUCACUAGUGCCGCUCCUCGCCUCACUAAUGCUGCUUCUCGCCUCACUAAUGCCGCUCCUCGCAUCACAAGAACUCAGCCCAAGAACGAUGAUGUUGAACACCAGCAUAGCCUUCCUCAGUCUCUUGACGAACAUCGGUCAGCUAUAAAAUGUAAAACCAUAACAUAUAUGUUAAAGUGACAGCGGGUAAUUCAUACAGAAGGUAAAAAUAAUUUGAUGCUUCUCAGAUUGUAUCAUGAAUCAUAAACCCAAAUAAUUUAUAUUUUCCCUCCACGGCAUAUUUUCCCUCUCCAUGGACAACUGUGAUAAGUAUAACUUAUAUGUUAUUGUUGAACACAAUACAAAACAUUUAAAGGUUGUUUGUAAGACAAUUUCUAAAAGAAUUUUUUUUUAAUUAUUUGGGUGAAAGAAAAACACAAUUUUAUUGCAAAUUUAACUGUACUGGAUCCUUCAACAUUAUGAAAUCGACUACUUGUCUAUAUCUCACGUAAAUAAUAUAAUAAAUGAAGCAAUUACCCAACAUUUUCCCGUGGAGAGUUCCUCAGGUGUGGGGAGUCUCUCAACACUGCUGGUUGCAUGCUGUAACCUAUGAAUAAACAGAAUUCAGGUAGGCGGUUUCAGGAUUAUAAACCAAUGGAACUACCAACCCGCCGAAGCCGUAAAUGGCAAAACGCUGUUAAAUUUUAAAGUUCAUCUGGAAAAGAUUAUCAAGGCAAAUGGGAGGACCUCUGACAAGCCGUCUGCUUCCUGUCCUCGUCGAGGCCACUAGAGUGUUAGUGGUCCUCAGAUAAAUACAGGAUUCGAUCCUCACGGAAGUUCCAUAACAAAUAGAGGUUACUGG